UUUCAAUGCCAUCCCACCCCCAUGCCAUUGGGCAUGUCUAUUAUUUAGUGGCCCCUCCCUUGCCUUAAUCUUCCUGGCACCUCUGUCAUUUACCUAUGAUGAAUGUAGGAUGGGUCAGAGAGAGAAGAGGCUGUAACAGAGAAAUGCAGCUGGUUAUGCAAGCACACGAGCCCUCCCCUCCAGAGCAUGUGUACAGUGUGAGCAGGAACAUCUCUCCAGCCAGGAAACACACAGCUGUCUCCUCAGUACUCAGUGUAGGCGGCUGCUCCUUCUCUCUGUUGGCCUGAUGCAGCGGUCACUGUGCUCUGGGCUGGGCUCUCGCUGAGCUGAAUGAGCAGGGAUAUAGCACACGGCAGGGGAGUGCCUGAGCUGUCUCAGUCCAGGAAUGUUUACUCUCUCAGAAGUUGCAUCACUGAAUGAAAUACAACCUACGUACCGUAUUCUGAAGCCAUGGUGGGACGUAUUUAUGGAUUACUUGGCUGUAGUUAUGCUGAUGGUUGCCAUUUUUGCUGGCACCAUGCAAAUAACCAAAGAUCAGGUUGUUUGCUUACCGGUACUAGAGUCUGCUGUAAAUUCAAGGACGGCACAGUUGUUAUCAAGUGAGAACAGCCUUCCAGUUUCUUCAAAAUAUGAAGAGACUGCAACUGAGGCCAAAGAAAAGUGGCAAAUGACUGGGCCUCUUGGAGCAACAGAGUCUUCAGAGACAUCUCCAACAAAACCAACAUUUUCUCCCACAAACACAGGUAAAUCUUCAGGUCAACAGCUAAAUAAAGAAGAACAGGAUCCCAGAGGGAGAAAAACAAAUCUGGAUUAUCAGCAGUAUAUAUUCAUAAAUCAAAUGUGUUACCAUGUUGCUCUCCCAUGGUACUCCAAGUAUUUUCCUUACCUUGCUCUUAUCCACACUAUAAUUUUAAUGGUAAGCAGUAACUUCUGGUUUAAAUAUCCAAAGACUUGCUCAAAAAUUGAACAUUUUGUGUCUAUACUUGGCAAGUGCUUUGAAUCUCCUUGGACAACAAAAGCACUGUCUGAGACUGCAUGUGAGGAUUCUGAGGAGAACAAGCAGAGAAUAACCGUUGCGCAUUCCUUCCGAAAGCACCUCUCCAACAGCAGUGAAGAAGGAAGUCCCAGUCCAAGUACUCCUAUGAUAAGCAAAUCUGGGCUAAAAUUUUCAGCAGACAAGCCUGUAUUGGAAGUUCCUGGUAUGACCAUUUUGGAUAAAAAAGAUGGUGAACAGGCUAAAGCCCUUUUUGAAAAGGUUAGAAAAUUCCGCACCCAUGUAGAAGACAGUGACUUAAUUUAUAAACUCUAUGCCGUCCAGACAGUCAUUAAGACUGCAAAGUUUAUUUUCAUUCUUUGCUACACCCUUACGUUUGUUACGGCUAUAAGCUUUAAACAUGUCUGUAGCCCAAAUGUAGAGCACCUUACGGGCUAUAUGAAAUUUGAGUGCACAAACAACAUGGCAUUUAUGCUGAAGAAGCUUUUAGUCAGCUAUAUUGCCCUUAUUUGUGUUUAUGGCCUUGUCUGUUUUUACACAUUGUUUUGGCUGUUUAGAAGACCAUUAAAAGAAUAUUCCUUUGAAAAAGUCAGGGAAGAGAGUAGUUUCAGUGACAUUCCAGAUGUAAAAAAUGAUUUUGCAUUCCUUUUACAUAUGGUCGAUCAGUAUGAUCAGUUGUACUCCAAAAGGUUUGGUGUGUUUUUGUCAGAGGUCAGUGAGAAUAAAUUGAGAGCAAUUAGUUUAAACCAUGAAUGGACAUUUGAAAAACUCCGGCAGCACAUUUCCCGGAAUGCUCAGGAUAAGCAAGAGCUGCACUUGUUUAUGCUUUCUGGAGUACCAGAUGCAGUCUUUGAGCUUACUGACCUUGAAGUCCUGAGACUUGAGCUGAUUCCUGAGGCUAAAAUUCCAGCUAAAAUAUCUCAGAUGACUGCACUUCAAGAGCUCCAUCUGUACCACUGCCCAGCAAAAGUUGAGCAGACAGCAUUUAGUUUCUUAAGAGACAACUUAAAGUGCCUUCAUGUGAAGUUCACUGAUGUGGCUGAAAUUCCUGCCUGGGUAUAUUUACUUAAAAAUCUUUGUGAAUUAUACUUGAUGGGGAACUUGAACUCUGAAAACAAUAAGAUGAUUGGGCUUGAGUCUCUAAGGGAGUUGCGACAUUUAAAAAUUCUCUAUGUUAAGAGUAACUUGACAAAAAUACCAUCUAACAUUACAGAUGUUGCACCCCAUCUAACAAAACUGAUUAUUCAUAAUGAUGGUACUAAACUCCUUGUACUAAACAGCCUUAAAAAGAUGAUGAAUGUAGCAGAGCUGGAACUACACAAUUGUGAACUGGAGAGAAUUCCCCAUGCCAUUUUCAGCCUCACCAACCUACAGGAGUUGGAUUUGAAAUCAAACAGUAUACGUACUAUAGAAGAAGUCAUCAGCUUCCAACAUUUAAAACGCUUGACUUGUUUGAAACUGUGGCACAAUAAAAUUGUGAAUAUUCCUCAAUCCAUUUCUCAAGUGAAAAAUCUAGAGUCAAUUUAUUUGUCUAACAACAAGCUUGAAUCCCUUCCUGCAUCACUCUUCCUUUUACAGAAACUGAGAUUUUUAGAUAUUAGUUACAACUGCAUAAGUAUGAUCCCCCUUGAAAUUGGUUUGCUCCAGAACCUUCAGCACUUCUACGUCACUGGCAAUAAAGUGGAUGUCUUGCCAAAGACUCUGUUCAAAUGUCUCAAAUUAAGAACUUUGUGCUUGGGACAAAACUGUAUAACAUCUGUUCCAGAAAAGAUUGGCCAUCUGCUUCAGCUUACACAUUUGGAGCUAAAGGGAAACUGUUUAGAUCGUUUGCCCCUUCAGGUCAGUCUGUGUCGUCUUCUGAAUAAAAGUGGGCUGGUUGUCGAAGAUCAUCUUUUUGAUUCUUUACCUUCAGAAGUUAAGGAAGCUUUAAAUCAAGAUUCAAACAUCCCUUUUGCUAAUGGAAUAUAAUUUGAUGUGCAUUUUGUCUGUGUUCAUCUGGUAAGAUCUCUUGAAGUGAGAUAAUAUCAUCUUACACCAUGUUAUCCCUGCAUAAUAUGGGUACAAUGAAGCAGCAGUGUGACAUAUAAUAGGGCAUGGAGACUUUUACUGGCAAACCCCCGAUUGUGUGCAAAAUUAAGGAUUUUGACUGUGGACCAUUUGUCUUUUUUUAUAUUUUAUUUUAAUUCAGCCAACAUACAGAGCACUUUUUUUUAAAGCGUACUCAAGAUAUUAUGUGAUUAUUUUUGGGUUAAGUAAAUUUUCCCUUUGUUUUUUAAGACCAAAAAAUGAUUUAGAAAUGUUGAAAUUAUUUCUAAUUAACCGGCAAUAUAUACAUGUUCAUGUAGUUUUAGUAUUUUGUUAGAAUUAAAACAUGGUUAAUUUUUUCAUGUGAUUUUAAAGACUGUUCUGCUACAAAAGUUUGGGUUCAGUAUAAUGCUUUUAUCAUUUGUUAUACUUGUUGCAUUUCAUAAGACAUUUUGAUUUCUGAAUUUCAAAAAAUAUAAAGUGACACCAAAGAAAAUUCAGCUUAUUCUAAAAUUUGCAGAUCCUUAUAUUUAUUAUUGUUUUUGUUUAUAAAUAGAAUCUAAGCAAUUUA